AUGGCCGAGUACGAGGACCGUUUCGAGCGCGAGCGCGAGCGUGACCGCCUGUCGUUUGGCGGCAUGCCUGCACCGUAUCGUGGCAAGCCCGUCGAGCAGCCGGCGCGCAAAUGGCUUCGACAGUUCGAGCUCUACUGCUUGGACCGCAAGUACGACGACGACAGCAAGAAGGCGCUCGUCUUCAAGCUGCUGAUGGAGGACGACGCCGAGACGUGGUUCGAUGGGCUCGACGACAGUACACAAGCAUCCUUCAGGGCCAUCGAGAAAGAGUUCCUCGCCAAGUACGGCGACGAGGCCAUCGAUGGUUACAGCUUUGGCGCCUUCCUCCGCUUCCAGACCAAGGCGAGCGAACUCAGCAAGUACGACGUUAUCAAGGACAAGAAGAGCUACGAUAAGCUCCUCGAUGAGAUCGCCGCUGCCGAUCGCCGCGUGAGCAAUAAGCACGUCGUCCAGGGCUUCCGUGCCGAGCACCUCAUCCACGGCCUGCCUCGCGCUGUCCGUCAGACCGUGGCGCUUCCGGGCACCACAACCAACGUAGCCGACGUCGUCGCGGCGAUGCGCAAGGUCAAUCACCCGCAGCUCGUGGAGGCCAUCGACGAGGAGCGCAAGAUCAACCGCAUUGGUGAACUCGAGCGCAUCGAAGAGUCCUGGGAUUAUCUCAAGCGCCCGGCCGACAAGUACGCGGAGGUCGAGGUCGACGUCGACCAGAUGCGCCACUUCUGGCAGCAGUCUGCGCCGGUCCUCGUUCCUGCUCAGCGUCGCAUCGGUGACGGCUCGUACAACCCGUCCAACGGCCCUGCUCCUUACAACGGCGCUGGUCCCAGUUACCGACCGAGCCCGCCCCGUCAACGUCCGGCUCCGUACCCACCGAGCCCGACUCCCUCCCCGACGCGCCCGCUGGCUUCACUGUCCGCUCGUGAGCGUCUCGCUGUGCUGCUGCGCAACGGCCAGUCAACGCACCCAGACACGCCCGACGGCCAUCGCAUAUACGAGCAGAAGAAGGCGGCCUACCAGCAACGCCAUCCUCGCACCGUAUCGCGCCCUACGACGGAAGACGAGUAUCCCCUGGCCCCUGGCACCGAGCCUGCUGACAGGACCGAAUGCCACCGCUGCGGUCAUCGAGGCCACCAGCAGGCGUCGUGCACCGGUACGCCGCUUACGCAGGCGGAGAUCUCCUUCCGCAACGACCUUGGCCGCGACAUCAACUACGCGCGACGAGCCCUUGGUCUGCCUCUGUCGUCGGGAAACUGA